CGGCCAUCGGACGCACACGUCACGGUCCGAAAAACGUUUACUAUUUCUCUCUCUCUUGGUCUCGACUUCUCUUCCACGCGUCAACAACGCCAACGCAAACGAAUUUUUAAGCCGUUCCAACGAAACGUCUGAUCUGCCGAAGAGAUAAUACUUAUAAUAACACCGCCGUGGCUGUCAUUGUCUUAUUACCGAGUUGGUCGCCGUCCUCGCUUAUUGGAGAAGGAAGAGGCGGCAACGGCGAUGACGAGCGAACCGUCGACAGACGGCCAACUUUGCCGUUACUACCGAGACACGUUCCCGACGCCGACCGACGUCAUGAUGCCUAUCACGUACUUGGGACUGGACUUCAGUACGCAACAGUUGAAAGGAGUUAUCGUUGACGAUGAUCUGCAUAAGAUCUUCGAGGCCACAGUUCAUUUCGACACGGAGCUCCAGGAGUUCCGGACUCACGGUGGUGUGAUUAAGGGCAAAGACAGACAGCACCGUGAGGUGACAGCGCCAACGGUUAUGUGGGUCAAAGCCUUGGAUGUAUUAUUGGACCGGUUACAAGUGUGCGGUGCCGAUUUGAGUACUGUUGCCGCGGUUUCUGGUUCUGGACAGCAACACGGCACGGUCUACUGGACUAUCGGUGCUGAAAAGACGCUGCAAACUUUAAACCCCACCGGAUUUUUGCACAUGCAAUUAGCGUCUUGUUUUUCCGUGGUCAAUUCACCAGUGUGGAUGGAUUCCAGCACCACGAAACAAUGUAUGCACCUCGAGGAUACUGUAGGAGGACCACAGCGACUGGCUGACAUCACCGGAUCGAAGGCGUAUGAGAGGUUUUCCGGACCGCAAAUCGCCAAAAUGGCCGAAAACAAACCGGGAGCCUAUCAGAACACAGAAAGGAUAUCGCUUGUGAGCAGUUUCGGUUGUUCGCUAUUUCUUGGCGCAUACGCCCCGAUCGAUUGGUCCGAUGGUUCGGGAAUGAAUCUGUUAGACAUCAAGACCAAGGAAUGGUCGGCUGAGUGCUUGGAAGCGUGCGCGCCGGGGCUGGGCUCGAAGCUGGGACGGACCGUGCCGCCGGGUACCGAUUUGGGGCCGAUUAGCAAUUAUUACGUAGAGAGGUUCGGGUUCAAUCCUGAGUGCCGGGUGGUGUCGUUUACCGGAGACAAUCCAGCGUCGUUGGCCGGUUUGUGCUUGUGCGACAACGACAUCGCCAUAAGUCUUGGCACCAGCGACACGCUGUUCCUGUCGCUCAAUGAGCCCAGGUGUCUGGAAGAGGGACAUGUCCUGGUCAGCCCGAUUAACCGGGAUGCGUACAUGGCGCUCUUGUGCUUUAAAAAUGGCUCGUUAACGCGCGAAAGACUGAGAAAUCACUACGCCAACGAAUCGUGGGACCACUUCAACACGUUGUUAGAGAGAACGCCGAGAGGAAAUUUCGGAUACUUGGGCCUGUACUAUGACGAACAAGAGAUCAUACCUUGGAUACAGGGCGACUACCGUUUUGACAAAAACGAUGGGCCCUUAGACAGGUUUCCCAGCCGGGAGAUCGAAAUCAAAGCGUUGGUCGAGGGACAGUUCAUAGCCAAGAGAGCGCACGCCGAACAAAUAGGAUACACCAUAGAUUCCAAGACGAGGAUCAUAGCCACGGGAGGCGCUUCUAACAACACUACAAUAUUACAAAUUCUAUCUGACGUUUUUAACGCACCAGUUUAUAUUCAAGAAGCUGCCAAUUCUGCAGUCCUAGGUGCUGCUUAUCAAGCUAAACGUGGACUUGUUCAGAGUAAGAACAGCGACGUUAUUGAUUCAUUUCAAGCGGUGGUAAACACUGCUGCUCUUCCCAAGUUAGCAUGCUCUCCGCAUAAAGAUGCUAACGAAAUUUACACUCCAAUGGUCAAGCGGUACAAUUAUAUUAUUAAAGAGGUGCUAUCUGCAAUUAGAAAAUAAGUACUUAACACAUAUAAACAGAACUGGUUUUACACUAUUGCGUUGUUGAUACUUUACACAUGUUUUAUUUUAUUCAAUUAAUAACUAAUAAAUAUAUUUAAAUGUUAUCAA